AUGAGUAGAAGGGUAAGUUUUAGUCCUGAUCGCGUCCCUGAACAAAACAACAUUCCCACAAAUUUCUAUUUUAAAAAGAAGCCAUCAUCGUUGUCAUCUAAUAAUUGGAAUUCUAGGCUUCAAAAGAGUCCUCCUUCUUCUUCAUAUGUGGCUAGUUUUCUAAAGAAUAUUGGAACAAAAGUGGCUAGUGCACUAAAUUUCUUUUCAAUUUCAAAUAGAAAAAAGUCAUCACGUAAAGUAUCAUCAUCAACAACAGCAAGUUUAGCAAGGUCACGUUCUUAUGCAGAAACAUUAAUUCAUGACUCGCAAAGAGCUGAAGCUAUUGAAGAUUGUAUUGAGUUCUUGAAUUAUUCUUCUUCUUGUUUGCAUAGAUCCAGUUCUGUUUCUAGCACUACUUGCUGA